UGCACAAAAACCACACUGAACAUUCAUCAUGAUUAGAAAAUGCUCCAUACCUUAGAGUGCAGUGGAGACAUAAGAAUAAUUUCAAAUGCAAAUUAAAUUGUGGGGGUAGCAAAGAGAACAGAUAAAAGACAGUAAAACAAAGCCUUUCACUUCCCUCAAAUUAGCAGGCUAAUGUAGUAUAAAAAAAAGCAGUUCUACUCAGAUCUGUGCUAAGAGCUUUCAUUUCAUCAUAAUAUAAAACAGCAGAUCCGUCACCUUUCUCUAUUCAGUACUCUUGAUUUCGAGGUUGAAGUGAAAAUUAGAAGCUGUUCAUUCUGGCUCACAGACUGGGUUGCAUUUGCUUAGUCUUAUUCCAUGGCAGUAGGAUGGAAAGAGGUCAGUAACACUGGACUCUGAUUGAUCAUUCAUACCGGAGUAUUGCACACAAACAUAAACUUCCUUCAAAAUGGACUACUUUUUGGAUGUCGAGUCUGCUCAGAGACUGUUUUACAGUCAAGGAGCUCAAGCUCGUCGGGCAACUCUUCUCACUGUGCCCACGCUGAUGACAGCAUCUUCUGAGGAUGACAUAGAUCGGAGACCCAUUAGAAGGCUCCGGUCUAAGAGUGACACCCCUUACCUGGAAGAAGCUAGGAUCUGCUUCAACCUUGAUAAUGCUCGCCGGGCCACGCUGCUCACCGUGCCCACAUUAAUGGCGGCAUCUUCCGAGGAGGACAUCGACCGCAGACCCAUCCGCCGAGUCCGCUCCAAGAGCGACACCCCGUACCUCGCCGAGGCCCGCAUCUCAUUCAACCUCGAGACAGCUGAGGAAGUGGAGAGACUGGCUGCGAUGCGUUCAGAUUCUCUUGUACCUGGGACUCACACACCUCCGAUCAGAAGACGAAGCAAAUUUGCCACACUAGGAAGGCUUUUUAAGCCAUGGAAAUGGAGGAAGAAGAAGAGUGAAAAAUUUAAGCACACUUCUGCAGCUUUGGAAAGAAAAAUAUCAAUGAGGCAAAGCAGAGAGGAGCUUAUAAAACGAGGAGUGCUGAAAGAAAUUUUUGAUAAAGAUGGGGAACUUUCCAUACCAAAUGAAGAAGGAGCUUUGGAGAACGGACAGCCUCUGGGCUCCGCGCAAGUGCUGAGCGCCAGCCAGGUAUCCCUGCCAGCCCUAGCAGAACUGGAGUCAGGUCCAGCAUCUGGGGAACCCUGCUCAUACGAGGUGCUCCCAACCACAGAGAUUAUGGAUGGGACAGUGUCUGAAGAAAGCCCCACAUCCAAUGAAUCCAGCGUCCUUCUGUCCCAAGAUCCUACAGCUAAGCCAGUCCUGCUACUUCCCCCAAAAAAAUCUACUGCUUUCCCUGGAGACCAUGAGGACACCCCAGUGAAACAGUUGUCCCUCCUCAAACAGCCCCCUGCCCUGCCUCCUAAACCUAUUGCCAGGAUUGCCAGCCACUUAACUGAUCCUGGUGCUCCUGUGAAACUGCCUUGUAUGCCAGUUAAACUGUCACCUCCACUACCUCCAAAGAAAGUCAUGAUUUGCAUGCCUUUAGGGGGGCCAGACCUCUCUCUCUCAUCCUAUUCCACACAGAAGAGCUCCCAGCAGCCUUUGACUCAGCACCAUCACACUGUCCUGCCAUCCCAGUUAGCAGCUCACCAGCACCAGCUUCAGUAUGGCAGCCACAGCCAGCACCUGCCUUCUGGGUCCAGCACGUUGCCAAUUCACCCUUCGGGGUGCCGGAUGAUAGAGGAACUCAACAAAACACUAGCCAUGACCAUGCAGAGGCUAGAAAGCUCUGGUUUACACACAGGUGACAGUGUUACAAAAACAGGACCUGGGGGCCUUCCAGACAUGAGACAAGUGCCAACUGUUGUGAUCGAAUGCGAUGACAAUAAAGAAAAUGUGCCUCAUGAAACCGACUAUGAAGAUUCUUCCUGCCUUUAUGGAAGACAGGAAGAGGAAGAAGAGGAAGAUGAAGAUGAGGAUAACUCACUAUUUACAAGCUCCCUGGCAAUGAAAGUCUGCAGGAAGGAUUCUUUAGCAAUCAAACUAAGCAACAGGCCUUCCAAGCGAGAGCUGGAGGAAAAGAACAUCCUCCCCAUGCAGACUGAUGAAGAGAGGCUUGAACUUAGGCAGCAGAUUGGGACAAAGUUAACAAGACGACUGAGCCAGAGACCAACUGCUGAAGAAUUGGAGCAGAGGAACAUACUGAAACCCCGGAAUGAGCAAGAGGAGCAGGAGGAAAAACGAGAGAUAAAGAGAAGAUUAACACGUAAGCUGAGUCAAAGGCCCACAGUAGAAGAGCUACGCGAGAGGAAGAUCCUCAUCCGUUUCAGUGACUACGUAGAAGUGGCAGACGCGCAGGACUAUGACAGGAGGGCAGACAAACCCUGGACACGACUCACAGCCGCUGACAAAGCAGCCAUUCGAAAAGAACUUAAUGAAUUUAAAAGCACUGAAAUGGAAGUUCAUGAACUUAGUAGGCAUCUAACAAGGUUUCAUAGACCGUAGCAGUUGAAUUCUACCUGACUACUAUGCCGUCUUCAAAACAUAACAAAAAGGAACCAUAAGUGCUGGUAUUAUUCACUUCCCUCUUACGUAUAAUGUAAAUCUUCUGAACUGCCUUUUUAAAAAAAAAAAAAAAAAGAGUAGAAAAAUAAAUAAUAUUAAAAAAAAGGAAAAUUGUAUUUACAUGUGAUGGGUACUGCAGCAUCAUCAGACCUGCUGGUUCACGCUUCAGUCACAGAGAAUACCCCUGGUGGGAAUCAUGCCGAGACUUGGCAUCUAUGUAUAAGACUUUCCUGGCAUGUGGAUUUGCCACACACAUUCAAGCCCAGCUGGUGGUGCAUCCAUUUCGUCUUCAGGCACCCUUCAUCCUGACAAGCCUCUGUCAUCAACUCUAGAGAGCCCUGAGAUGGUUUUCAGGGAAUCACUGGCCUGGGUGAAGUCUCCAAAUUACCGGCACCUAUGGCACUAAAGCACUUAUACCAAACACUCCAUUCAGGCUGCAAGCACCUUAUGAGAACGGUGAAGGAGCAGAACUCCUCUAUUGGCCAGCGCAUCUGUGAACGCUACCUGACUGGAGAGGCACUUCUUUCCCUGGAGAAGUUUAUGGCAAGUUAAUAGGCAUUGUUCGGCUCCCAAGCAGAAAAAGAAUCACCGGCAAAGAACGGGACUCCCUACUGAAGGCUCGUUCAGUUCUAGCUGCUGUUUAUUUUUCAUCUCUUUUAAGCAUAAUUUUCUAAACCCGGUUGUGAACCCAUCAGCAGUAAGUGACAAGAAUGUUGAGGACAAGCACGCAAAACCCAUCUCUUCAUGGUCACUGCAUGGCAUUCACUCAGCUUGUAGUUUCUUUAUACACCCAAGUCUCGUGAUUGUGUGGGAGCUGAUAAACACCCAGCAGAAAGAAAGGCUGAGAUUCCCACCUGCAGUGGGACACAUGACAGGAGGAACUGGGGGGUUGAUGAGGGAUAUCUGUCCUCUCUGUAUCAGGUAUUUCAAGAACUGAUCCUAAAUGCAUGCUGAGAAAAGCAUAACAGAUUGUGUUACCUGGCCUUAACACAAGGAGUCUGCUGCAUUGGUAUGAAUGGUGAAACAUGUCACCAGUACCCACAGCUAGGGCACAAGGACAGCAAUCCAGGGGAGUUCUGGUUUGGUUUUAAUUUAUUCUUCUUAUAGUGGUUUAACACACAAACUGACCAAGCAGAGCUCAGAGCUGGUCACUCUGGGUCUGCUUUAUCUGCCAAAUUAAGUGCGUGCUUAACACUAAGUAAGCACGCAAAGAGCCUCGCUGCAUUCUAGAACACGUCUGACAAGCUUAAUUAAAGCUGAGCACAUGUACUUUUGCCAGCACCUCCCUUAAGUAGUAUAUCGCCAGCAAGCUGGGGCAAACAUUCUCUAGGAUUCUUUUUUAGCUCUAAUAAGAAACUAUUAUGCCAUGUUUUGGGCCACUGGCCCAAAGCACUGUAGCAACAUUACUGUAAGAAGUUCCAGAUUAUUACUUCAGGACACCUUUUUUCUUCCACAAUAGCUAUUUUGCGUAGACAGUUUGAACAGAGAGGCCAAAGUUUUUUACAACAGUGUUGUUAUUUCUGUUAUUACUUUUUUUCCUUUCUCACUGUCUUCCAUGUACUUCUCCACUCUUCUGUGCUUCCUCCCUACCUCCCCUGAUGCCAUGCUAACAUUGCCCUUCACUGACUGCUGGCCAAGAAGCCUCUUGCACGUAGGCAUUUAAUAGCCAAUGCUGCAUAGUGCCAACACUUCUGCCUCUUCUCAGGCCUCCAUCUCUUUCCUCUGGUCACAGGAGUAAAGCAAAACUACCAUGAGGUUGUUCUAGCAUCCAGCCUGCCAAACAACACAGGCAAUGAGGCUAAUGCACUCCAUUUAUGCCUAGCAGUGGUACUCAAUACCUCACAGAUUUGCUUUCCUCUCAGAGGAGACAAGUGAAAGUGUUUCCUUCUCAUCUGUGGCCAUCCUUGCAAUGCUAUGGAUUAUUAGCUGUUAACUAAGAAUUGGCUGUCGUAGGAUGGAAGAUGCUGCAAAGGAAAGUAAAAAACCAGCUGGUUUCUGGUGCCUCAUUAUUGAGGAGCAGCACGCCUGUGAUGUGAUACGCUUCCCAGACUGGGUACUGAUUUCUGAAGAAACACACACAGUUGCUUUAGAUACAAACUCAUCAGUAGUGGAAGCCUUUAAUGUGCAAUGUUAUCAGCUCAGUGCAGCAAAGACCGAGCACUUACACGCUAGCCAGGUAGACACUGCUUCGGGGUUAUUUUUAUGAAAACUUGGGUUUUAAGUUCUUUUACAUACACGUGCACACUUAACAAGACUGCAUCACAGCUUUAAAAAGGGAAAACAAAACUCUAGGCUUUUGAUUACACACGUGUUGCACAGCUGUUUCGAAGUACAAGUGCUUCAUGACGAAAACGAAGAGGAAAGAGGUGGAAGUGGCAGCCUGCAGUUGCCAGUCUGUUGUCAGUGCUACAGUCCCCAGGGAAACAGGCAGUCUGUGGGCAGCACCACUCUGGGUACUGCUCCUGUCCCUUGUGGGCAUGAACCCCAGCAGUGCCCACGCCUGCCAGCCUGGUAGCCAAAUUAAACCUCUGGGCACUGACUGAAGCAUGUAACAGCCGAGUCCUAGGUGAUGGCCAUACGUUCCCCAACCAUCCUGCCUUCAUCUAGGUGGGCCCAAUGCAGGUCCCUGCUGAUCGCUUAGCAAGUCGUCGCCUUCUGCCCACCUCAGGAUUCAUGCUGUCCCCAGGGCAGCUGCAUGUGGCAAUGAUUUUUUUGCUUUUUUUCUUUCUUUUUUUUUUUUUUAAAAUGAUGUUAACUCCUGGCUGAGCGGACAUCAGGACACGGUGGAAGAACUACCAUAUGUCUCCUGAACUACAAGUAGAGCUUGUUACUGAGAAAGGAGAAGGAGGAGGAGAAAGAAGCCAUAUAAAGUGUUUGGCACUGUAGUAAGCAUUGCAGAACUGCCACUUCAUCUGGUUUUAGCUUCAGCGGGUCUGGAUAUUUUGCAAAGUUACUCUUUGGCAAGGCAUUUUUCCAACAACCUUUCAGUGCCUGAACACUGCAGCGCAUCCAUAGUUUGCACACUCACCUCUGGCAUCCAUGGGAAGUUGCAAGCAAACUGGAGAACAGCUAGUCCUUUUCUUUAAAUCAGUUCUCUUACCUGUGAAAGCCAUCUCUAUCAUAGCAAAGUAGUUGUGAUUCUGUUCGGGGUGGAGAAAUAGAACAGUCAUGAUUUCCUCGCCCCUUUAACCUGGCUUAUGUGUAGGACAUAAAGGUGAUGGUGUUUCUACUCAGACUUUUUUAACAUUAUAGUUAACACCAGUCAUCCUCAUUCAUAUUAGGAGGAGAUUAAUAGUAGUAAUGAAGAAAUUACAUCAGGUUUAGAGAAUGGAAAAAUCAACGCAGAACAAAAAUGGCUAUUCGGAUCAUCCAUCUCCAGGGCUGAUGGUGGAGAUAACACUCUAGAGUCGAAGAAGAACAUUUUGGUUAUAAGUUGAUGGGUUAUUCAUACUCAAAAUGUGCAGGUAUUGUUACAUCUGUUCUACAGCCUAUGGAAAGAUGAGGUAGCACAUGGGGAGCAGCCUGUGGAGGUGGCUGGGAUUGGAAAAGCAGCUCCAAAACAUCUAGACAAAAGUUGUGAUUGUUUGAAAAAAAAGCGAUGGUGAGGAGACACAAUGGUGGUGUCGCCCCUCCCCCCCCCCCACACCCAUGCCAGCAGCAGGCUGUAGGGAACUGGUGAUGUAUUUACGACUCAUAGGGAAGGUGGGCAUUGUGGCCUUUCCCCACCCUAUGCCCCACCGGACAGUUGCUUGCAAACUGAAAAAGUUUAAGGCUGCAGGUUUGCUGGGGUGGGUCUCAGGUCAUCUUUUGUGUCUAGACAAUUCCUUAUCAGAAGAAAAGGAAGUAGAGGGGAAAUCAUCUAAUAGACUUUUAACUAUUUUACAUUAACUGAAACCGUUUAUUGAGCCCAUUACACAAAUAUAUUUCAGCCACUUGUAUGCAACCACAGCACUUUGUCACCACUGCAACUAGUCACCAAACUCGCCCUUCGUUACUUCUACAGUGCCAUCUGUACAUUGGAAACACUAUAACCAACAAAGGGGAGCAUUUCCAACAUGCCUAGUGAAAACUUGCACUCACAAAAAAAAAUGGGUGAGAAGGAAACCCAUAGCUAUACGUGAACAGGGGCUCCCUAACGUGCCUGCAAAUAAAAUCACUUUGUAUAAAUAGCCAUUGGAGAUGACUAGGGUAAUAAAAAAGUCAGGAAAGAAAAAGGGGAUAAAUGAUUUUAUCCCAGGUCUUCAGUCUGCUCAAGCUUGGAACAACUUCGGUAAACAAAGAGGAGGUGACGGGCACAUUACCUGCAUUCCCAUGUGUCCCAGUUACUCCUGCACCAGUUGCAUUUUCCAGUUGAUAUCCAAGUGUAUGUAUAUAGUGUGUCUUUGUAUAGGAGUGAGUGUGGUGGCUGUCAAUCAUGUGCUCUUCCAGUAUUGUAAUUUAACAGAUUAUGGCUGUAUGAAAACAAUGUAAAUAACUAGAAAAAAAAUUAAACUGGAUCUCUAUGUCUUAGUUUUUGUACAUACGGAAACUGCAUGGUAUUUAAAUUAUUGUUUGUCUCUGAUGUAUGCAGUUUCUUAAAAAAAUUCAUUUAAAAAAAAAGCAUUCCUGUGCCUGUGUAUUUUAUUGCCCUCUGUCCCAGUGACUGACAGCGUAACAAACGGAUGCAAUUGAGGAUAUCAGCCCUCCUGCAGCCAGGCUCAGCACUUGCAGCUGCAGUGGCAGAAUGCGCACCCACAGCUCAGCAACGAGCAAAGUGGGAGACCAAGACUUACCCGAGCAGAUCGAUGGGACAUGGUGUCAGCUGAGCCACAAGUGCCAUAUCUGUGAGCUGGUCAGCAAAGGUGUGCAAAGGAAGAGAACUGGAACCUCAGCUGCUGAAGUUGUCACCCAUAAUAAAAAACAAACCCAACAGCACUCUAGGGACACGUACUCUCUCCCUCUCAGCACAGCGUUACCAGCACAGGAUACACUCUGUCGAGUGCCUACUGCCAGGGUCAAUGUGCAGCAUUUGCCAGCUCUGCUCUCCCUUCCCUCU